CACUGUGGAUGAUGAUGUCCAAUUGCACCACUGUGACUGAGUUCCUACUCCUGGGGUUCUCCGAUGCCCUGGAAUUGCAGAUCUUGCACUUGGCCAGCUUUCUAAUACUAUACCUGGCAGCCCUGAUUGGCAAUCUCCUUGUUAUCAUGCUCAUAGCCGUUGACAGCCACCUCCACACCCCGAUGUACUUCUUCCUCCUCAAUCUGUCCAUCCUAGACAUUGGAUCCAUCUCUGUCACUGUUCCCAAAUCCAUGGCCAAUUCCAUACUGAACACCAGGCUGAUUUCCUAUUUUGGAUGUGUCACCCAAGUUUUUUUUGUUGUCUUUUUCAUUGCAGCAGACAUUGCCAUCCUCACCUUCAUGGCUUAUGACCGAUACAUCGCCAUCUGCAAACCACUGCACUAUGCGACAGUGAUGAACAGCAAAGCUUGUCUGAAAAUGGCAGCCACGGCCUGGAGCACAGCUGUUCUGUACUCUGCCCUGCACACGGGGAACACCUUUAGGCUGCCCUUCUGCCACUCCAACAUCAUCAACCAGUUCUUCUGUGAAAUCCCCCAGCUCCUUAGGAUCUCUGGUUCAGAGGUGUUUACUAGUGAAAUUCAGAUUUUUAUCUUUAGUGCAUUUUUAGGUCUUGGUUGCAUUGUGUUUAUAUUUGUGUCUUAUAUUCAGAUAUUCACUACUGUACUGAGAAUCCCCUCUGAGCAGGGCUGGCAUAAAGCAGUUUCCACCUGUCUUCCCCACCUCAUUGUUGUCGCCUUGCUGGGUAGCACUGGGAUGAUUGCCUAUGUGAAGCCCACAUCUGGGUCCCCAUCAGCUCUGGACCUCAUGGUGUCUGUUCUGUAUUCUGUGAUCCCACCAAUGAUGAAUCCGGUCAUCUACAGCAUGAGAAACAAGGACAUGAAAGCAUCUCUGUGGAAACUGGUGAGAUGGAAGUGGUUUAUUCCAACGAAGAUGCUAGUUUUUCUCCAGUGACUGUGGUUUCACUGAACAUUUUUAUAGAAACUGAGUUGUUUUAAUAGAAAUUAACUCCGCCAGUGUCGGUAGUGGAAUUUUUACAGAAACAACCAACUAUGUUAUUCAUACAGAUUAAGUUAUCUAAUGUUAGUUGUGUUUCUUUAGGUUUACACCAUUUUAAAUAACCUCUCUAAUUUUUACCCUAAAUCUCACUGAACCUUUUGUUCUAAGGUACCACUCUGUCCUUGAUAAUCUUUUUGUACCUUUUAAAUUUUAUCUUUGAUGCUGAUACUGUCAUUUCUUAGUGCACUGUU